AUGGAGCCUCUCCCUCCCACCAAACAAAUUAAUAAUAAUCUCAAUCUUGCCAAGCCUUCUUCUCUCCAUGUCGAAACCCAACCUCUUGAACCAAGUCCUCUCCGUAAGAUCAUGGUGGUUGCAUCCAUCGCAGCCGGUGUUCAAUUCGGCUGGGCCCUACAACUCUCUCUUUUAACUCCCUACGUCCAGCUGCUCGGUAUCCCUCAUACCUGGGCCGCAUACAUUUGGCUCUGCGGCCCAAUUUCCGGUAUGCUUGUGCAGCCUAUAGUCGGUUACCACAGCGACCGUUGUACUUCCCGCUUCGGCCGUCGUCGUCCGUUUAUUGCUGCCGGCUCAAUCGCCGUCGCUAUUGCCGUUUUCUUAAUCGGCUACGCCGCUGAUCUCGGCCAUUCCUUCGGCGACAACCUCGACAAAAAAGUCCGUCCCCGAGCAAUUGGAAUCUUCGUCGUUGGAUUCUGGAUUCUCGACGUCGCUAACAAUAUGCUUCAGGGACCAUGCCGUGCACUUCUCGGCGACCUCUGCGCCGGUAACCAGCGAAAAACGAGAAACGCAAACGCGUUUUUCUCGUUCUUCAUGGCGGUUGGUAACGUCCUCGGCUACGCCGCCGGUGCUUACAGUAAACUCUACCACGUGUUUCCGUUCACCAAAACGAAAGCAUGCGAUGUUUACUGUGCAAACCUGAAAAGCUGUUUCUUCCUCUCCAUCGCGCUUUUAACAGUUUUAGCCACUUCUGCACUGAUCUACGUGAAGGAAACUCCACUUUCUCCAGAGAAAACCGUUGUGACUGCCGAAGACGGUGGUUCAAGCGGUGGCAUGCCGUGUUUUGGGCAGUUAUCUGGUGCUUUCAAGGAACUAAAGAGACCCAUGUGGAUCUUAUUAUUGGUGACGUGUCUUAACUGGAUUGCAUGGUUUCCUUUCUUGUUGUUUGAUACUGAUUGGAUGGGGAAAGAGGUUUAUGGAGGAACGGUUGGGGAAGGUCAUGCGUAUGAUAUGGGUGUGCGCGCGGGCGCUUUAGGACUCAUGUUAAACUCCGUCGUUUUAGGUGCCACGUCACUGGGUGUUGAUAUCUUGGCGCGUGGAGUUGGGGGCGUGAAGAGGUUGUGGGGAAUUGUUAAUUUCUUGCUCGCAAUUUGUUUGGGUUUAACCGUUUUGGUUACUAAAUUAGCCGAACAUUCACGACAAUACGCCCCUGGUACCGGCGGCCUCCAAGACCCUCUUCCACCUUCCGGCGGUAUCAAGGCCGGCGCGUUAACUCUCUUCUCCGUUCUCGGGAUUCCACUCGCGAUUACUUACAGCAUACCCUUUGCUCUAGCAUCUAUAUUCUCCAGCACCUCAGGGGCAGGCCAAGGGUUAUCUCUAGGAGUUCUUAAUCUUGCAAUUGUCAUACCACAGAUGUUUGUCUCUGUUUUGAGUGGACCAUGGGACGCUCUGUUUGGAGGUGGUAACCUGCCGGCGUUUGUGGUGGGUGCCGUGGCGGCUCUAGCAAGUGGCAUACUAUCUAUAAUCUUACUGCCGUCUCCACCACCAGAUAUGGCCAAGUCUGUAUCAGCUACUGGAGGAGGCUUUCAUUAA